UUUACCCACUCCCCUCCCUCAUCGCUCUGCUCAAAAUAAAUAAAAUGAAAUAAAAUCCCCUGCCUCCUCGCUCGGACGGCGCCGCCGCCGCCCGUCGCCAUGUCCAUGGUGGCGGACCGCCCUCGCCCGCGGGAGGAAGGCAGAGCGUCGACUCGCGCCCGAUCUUGCUCCGAUUUCCCCAGCCGGACGCCGGCCGAGAGGCUGACCGACGACAUCCUCGUGGAGAUCCUCUCGCGCGUUCCCGCCAAGUCGCUGUGCCGCUGCAAGUGCGUCUCGAAGCACUGGCUCGGCCUCAUCCACCACCCCGACCACCGCAAACGGCUCCCCCAAACCCUGGCCGGCUUCUUCUACGGCCGCAUUACCAGUACCACCGGGCAGCGGGUUCUGGAGCUGCCCUUCCGCUUCACUAGCAUAUCGGGGGACGGCCGCUCUCCGGUCGGCACCUCCUUCACCUUCCUGCCCAACCACCAUCUGCCCGUCGAUCUACUGGACUCCUGCAACGGUCUCCUCCUCUGCCGAUGUUACCACGUUUCCGAUGGGGUUGGCGCAUUCCAUUAUGCCGUGUGCAAUCCCGCCACCGAGAAGUGGAUCGUGUUGCCCAACUCCGGCAAGGACAGCAGCCAGGUGGCCACCGCAUCUUUGGGCUUCGACCCGGCCCUGUCGCCGCAUUUUCAUGUGUUUGAGUUGGUACAGCAGCACAAGUAUGGCGAGAAUAAGAAUACCGACAUUUCCGGAGUGACAGUGUAUUCGUCUGAAACCGGAGAAUGGAUUUAUAAGGAGAAGAGAUGGAGCAGAGCUACUUGGUUUGCUAGUUGGCACUCCUCCGCGACAGUUUUUCUCAACGGCCUUCUGUUUUUUCGUGCCCUUGACCUUAAAUUACAUGAUUGUGUAGCCGCGGUUGACACAAAGGGAGAAAUAUGGAUGAAAUUCAGGGUCCCUGGUGGUCAGGUUGAUGGUUUUGUUCAGCGGUCGAUAUUCAGGGCCCCUGCUGAUCAGUUUGAUGAUUUGGAUCUGGCUCAUGGUUUUAUUCAGCGGUCGCAGGGCCGCUUGCAUUUUGCCAACUUUCAGAGGGAUAAAUAUGGUGUUGCCAUUCGAUUAGUAGUUCAUGUUCUGGAGAACUAUCAAGACAAACAAUGGAUAUUGAAGCAUAGCAUUGAAACUUCAAACAUAUUUGGAUGGACAGAUUUAUGGCUUGAUGCGGAUUUUGAUUUUAUUGCGAUUCAUCCGGAAUGCAACUUGCUGUUCUUCGCUGUGGGGGGUAUCACAUUCAUGUGCUAUAAUAUGGAUAAUCGGCAAGUCAAAGUGAUCUCUCAUCUUGCAGAUGUCAAGCCGCUAUUUCUGCCUUAUGCGCCGUUGUACACAGAAUCACAAUCAUUGCACAUUUGACGUCAAUAUGAGAUUGCUGCUGCCUUUAUAAGAAGUGGAUCUCUGAUAGGAGUCAAUUAUUCAUGAUAUGGAGCAGCGGGCUUGGUAUGUCUGCUUGAAUUUGGCUCUCAUUUUCUAUGACUGAUGUAUCCAUGUUUCAUUUUGGAGCAAUGGUGGUUCAGUAUGGAGGGAACUUGACUAAUUUGUCUUCCAAAUUUGUACUGAACUUUCUGUCAUCUGUACUGGUUUCUGGUUUGGGUAACUUGUAUGUCCGUGCAUUGGUUAAUCUUGUGUAGUGUUUGUGUUAAGGUACUAUGAUCAUUAUGUAAAAGGCAUGGGCAAAGAUUAUCAUGAAGCCUAAACUUUUGUCCAACACCA